AUGUUUGGGACAUUGCGCUUUCUUUGCUUUUCUUCCCGCCACAGCUCUGAAGCUGAUUCUGACGAUGUACGCAUACCUCGUCUGAGAUCAAUUAGCAAGGCAAGCUACUAUGCUCGCGUUACUCGUCAAGUCCUACAGAAGACACUUUCUCGAGAGAACAGUAUAUCUCGGCGACCUCCUGCAACCGAUAUCAGCACCUGUUCUUCAUCCUUUGUUUCCGAUGCAGAGUCCCAUGUUACCGCCAGCUCUGCAACCAGUGAGAGCCUUUCCUCAUCACCCGAAGCGCUUGCCAAGUUGCCUGCCAGUGCUUCCAUUAUACCAUCUCUGUUUAGCGGCACACCGUAUGUCUCGAUUCUGCAGACAGAUGGCACACUAGGACCACCGCCAAUCACAUUUGAUGGAUACGGCCCAUUUGGGGGCCGGUUCGUUCCAGAAUCCCUCAUAGACUUCCUCAACAAUCUGACCUCAUUCUUCGAGGCCACUGUCUCGGACCCUUCUUUUUGGUCCGAGUACGCCACGUACCAGCGGACCGAACCCACUCCACUGCAGAUCGCAAGCAAGCUCAGCAGCUGGGUUGGUGGCGCCACCAUAUGGCUAAAGAGAGAGGACCGGAAUGAAUACGGGAGUCACAAAACACGCAAUAUCAUCGGUCAGCUCUUGCUGGCCCGCCGCAUGGGCUUCACAGAGAUUGUCACCGACUGUGCAGCAGCCAAACAUGGCAAUUUCACCGCGGCAAUGUGCGCGCGCCUGGGACUGCGCUGCGUCAUUGUCAUGGGAGCAGCUGACAUCCUCGCCCAGAACGAGGAUGUCCUUGAGAUGAAGAUGCUAGGAGCCAAGGUCCUGACCGCACGAACCCCUUCAGGAAUGGGUUCCCUGCGCGCAGCAAUCACAGAAGCGCUCCGCUAUUCGGUCUGCAACCAUGAGUCUGCGUAUUACCUGAUGGGAGGUCCAGUGGGGCCUAAUCCCCUGCCGACCCUCAUGCGCACAUUCCAGGCUCUUCUAGGCGAGGAGGUUGCGGCCCAGAUGCACGAGGCGGCCGGUCGCCAGCCGGAUGCUGUCGUCACCGCCGUUGGUAGUGGGAGCGGUGCUGUUGGGAUGUUCAGACCUUUCCUUCGGAACCCUGCGGUCAGAUUGGUUGGGGUGGAAGCUGCCGGAGCGGCCGCUCUAACCGAGGGAGAGGUUGGCGUGCUCCAAGGGGCGCGAACCUUGAUGCUUCAGACUUGCGAUGGGCAGAUCCUCGACUCGCUCUCGAUUUCGCCAGACCUCAAUCUCUCGACUGUGGGGCCUGAGGUGGCUCAUUGGAAGGAAUGCGGCCGUGUUGAAAUUAAGACCGCUACAAAUGCGGAUGCCCUGGACGGGUUCAAAACAAUACGAUACCACGAGGGGAUCCUGGCUGGACUGGACUCGAGUCACGCAGUUGGCACAGCCAUUGAGCUAGCGAGAGAACUCGGACCUGGCAAAAGUGUUGUUUUGUUGGUGACGGGUUGUGAUGCCAUUGGCCUUGGGUUAGAUGGUUGA